AUGGUCGGAACAUUUACCCACCUGGCGACUCUGCUUCUGCUUCCAGCAUCAAUACACGCUGUGUUCGACUGCAAAAAUAUCCGUGCCGACGAUCAGUCCUUCAACUUCGCCGCGUUGGCUGGUCCGAAAGACGUCAACUGGCAACGAAAGACAUUCCCUUCGAUCACGAACACAACAUUCACCAUCGACAUAUGCGAUACGCUCAAGAAGCAAAAGGACAAGCCCAAAGAACAAUGCCCCACUGGCACGCGAGUCUGUGGUAUUCAGAGGAUAUACAACGAUGAUGGUGCGAGCGUGGUGCAAGAAGUGAUACCGAUCGCCGGAGAGUAUGCGGUCAGCGACGGGAGACACCUGGACGCCAAGUUCACCAGACUAAAGGGGAGCGAGAGCAAUGGCGACUCGAAGAAGGAAGGUGUAAGAGGAGAGUUGCACGGAGGCAUGUGGGAAAAGAAGAAGCAAAAGGCCAUCAUAGAGUUUCUCUGCGAUGCUGACUGGGAAGGCACUGAGGGCUUCGGAGACAGUUCUAAGGCGAUGGACGUCGGAGCUUUCAGCAGCAUGAGCAAGCGUGAAGACGAAAAGGACGAUGGCGAGGACAAUCGGGAACUGCCAGACCUGGACAAGGGCAAAGCGCUGUCGUUCGUCCGGUACGACACUGACAAGGACGACGUCAGUGUGCUGCGUCUGGAAUGGAAGACCAAGUACGCUUGCGAGGAUGCCGCACCACCAAAGAAAGAUCCGUCGAACAAGGCUAAGGGUUGGGGUUUCUUCACGUGGUUCCUGAUCAUCGUCUUCCUACUCGCAGCUUCGUACAUCAUCUUCGGAUCAUGGUUAAACUACAACCGAUACGGUGCGCGUGGCUGGGAUCUGAUACCACAUGGCGACACGAUUCGCGAUAUUCCCUACAUCGUCAAAGACUGGACGAGCAGCAUGAUGGAUAAGACAAGUGGCGGAGGAUCACGCGGGGGUUAUUCUGCGGUGUAA